AUGAGCGUCGUGGGUGUCGAUUUCGGAACGCUUCAAACGGUGGUCGCUGUCGCCAGAAAUCGUGGCGUCGACGUGAUCACCAACGAAGCUUCCAACAGAGCUACUCCCUCCAUGGUUGGUUUCGGCCCCAAGACGCGAUUUAUUGGGGAGGCUGCCAAGACCCAAGAGAUCACCAAUCUCAAGAAUACAGUGAGCUGCUUGAAACGCCUCGUUGGCCGAUCCUUCAACGACCCCGAUGUCAAAAUUGAGCAGCAGUUCAUCACUGCACCGCUUGUUGAUAUCAAUGGGCAGGUUGGUGUUGAGGUGUCCUACCUCGGGAAGACGGAGAGAUUCACAGCUAUUCAGCUCGUCGCCACCUACUUGAGUAAAAUGAAACAAAUCGCGGCUGCCGAGCUGAAGUCGCCCGUUUCCGAUCUCUGCAUGAGCGUUCCCCCAUGGUUCUCGGAUGUUCAGCGCCGAGCCCUGCUUGAUGCCGCUGAGGUUGCGGGCCUGAAACUUCUCCGCCUCAUCAAUGAUAACGCUGCAGCUGCUCUCGGUUGGGGCAUCACCAAACUCGACCUUCCAGCCCCAGAGGAGAAGCCCCGCCGGGUGUGCUUCGUCGAUGUCGGCCACUCCAACUUCACCUGCUCCGUUGUCGAAUUCAAGAAAGGGGAGCUUGCCGUCAAGGGUACAGCUUGGGAUCAUAACUUUGGAGGUCGAGACUUUGACAAGGCUCUCGUUGAUCAUCUUGCGAAGGAGUUCAAGGGAAAAUACAAGAUCGACAUUCACACUCACGGACGUGCCAUGGCCCGCACCAUUGCCGCCGCUGAGAAGACAAAGAAGAUUUUGUCCGCCAAUCAACAGGCCCCCGUCAAUAUUGAGUCUCUGAUGAACGACAUUGAUGUUGCUGCCAUGAUCACUCGUCAGGAAUUCGAAGCUAUGAUUGAACCACUUCUGAAUCGCGUCCAGGCACCUCUGGAGCAGGCUCUGGUGCAGGCUAAAGUCACCAAGGAUGAUAUCGAUGUUGUUGAGAUUGUCGGCGGUGGCUCUCGUGUCCCUGCUCUCAAGGAGCGUAUCCAGACCUUCUUCGGGAAGCCCCUCUCUUAUACGAUGAAUGCUGAUGAAGCUGUUGCCCGCGGCUGCGCUUUUAGCUGCGCUAUCCUGUCCCCGGUGUUUCGGGUCCGUGACUUCUCAGUCCAAGACAUCAUCAGCUACCCCAUCGAGUUCGCCUGGGAGAAAGCUGCCGACAUUCCUGAUGAGGAUACCAGCCUGACGGUCUUCAACAAGGGUAAUGUCCUUCCGUCGACCAAGAUAUUGACCUUUUACCGCAAGCAACCAUUCGAUCUCGAAGCUCGGUAUGCCAAGCCCGAAGAUCUGCCCGGCAAGCAGAACCCUUGGAUAGGACGGUUCUCUGUCAAGGGUGUCAAGGCCGAGGGUCAGGACGAGUUCAUGAUUUGCAAGCUUAAGGCUCGUAUCAACAUUCACGGCGUCCUCAAUGUCGAGAAUGGUUACUAUGUCGAAGACCAGGAAAUUGAGGAGGAAAUCAAAGAAGAUGAAAAGGAGGACAGUGAGAAGAAGGAUCCAGAUGCUAUGGAUACCGACAAAAAGGAGGAUGCCCCUAAAAAGACUCGAAAGGUUAAGAAGCAGGUCCGAAAGGGCGACUUGCCAAUCUCCAGUGGGACUUCUUCUCUAGAUCCCGCACAGAAAGCCGCCUUGAGUGAAAGGGAGUCUUCCAUGGUCAUGGAGGACAAGCUCGUUGCUGAUACGGAAGAGAAAAAGAAUGAGCUGGAAACUUUCAUCUACGACCUUCGUGCCAAACUCGACGAACAGUACGCCGAGUUUGCCAGUGACGAAGAGAAGACGAGCAUCAAGGCCAAGUUGGAAGUUGCCGAGGAAUGGCUCUAUGACGAGGGCGACGAUGCCUCCAAGGGCGUCUAUAUUGCCAAGCUUGACGAACUGAGAGCUCUUGCUGGGCCCAUCGUUCAGCGCCAUUUUGAGAAAAUCGAGGCCGAGAGGCGUGCUGCCCAGGAACGUAUCGAGGCCGAGAAGGCUGCCAAAAGAGCCGCUGAGGAAGAGGAUCGCAAGGCUGCUGAGGCGGAAAAGUCCGCUCAGCAAGGCUCGAACGACCAGGAGAUGAAGGAUGCCGACGACCCGCAGCCCCAGUCGGAAGAACCUGACGAGUCUAAAUAA